AUGCUCAACUUUACAAGCCCUAGGUCUGAAGUCGCAGGGCUUGAUUCCCAGAGUUCAAAGACCAUUAGAUCUUAUUUCACCCCUCUCUCUGCGCAUUCUGCAAACAGGUUAAUUGUCAAAGCUGACACAGACCCUCUCAAAAGAUGGUUUACCCGUCCGUCCAUCCUGUUUGACGCCAAAGAAGCAGCUGAUAUUGACAUUGAUACUCUCUUUAACCUUGCCCUUUCAGAUGGACAAGCUGCAAAAGAUGAAAUGCAAGGGGUGAUUGUUUAUGAUUAUGAAUUGAAUAUUGGGUGGGGAAAAUUGGUUUCCCUCCCUUCUCAAUCACUCCCUGCUUCUCCUCCAGGACAAAUGGCCAUCAGGAGUAAAGAGGGUGCCACUGUAAUCUUGUCUUGUCCAUCUGGUCCUCCUGUUACUUCUGUCCCAAGUCAGAAUUCUGAGUUGGUUCUUACUCCCAAUGUACCAGAUGAUAAAGGUCUUACUGGAAGUAGCUCAGAUUUGGGAUACAAUUAUGGAAAGUUCUAUGCAAUGGAUGGAGCUACCCAUGUGACAUGUGGAGUAUUGGCUGCAUACUUGUUGAAUAAUUUACGGGAAGGAGCUACUGACUGUAGUUCUUGUGCAACUGUUAUGUUAGAGCUUGCUCGAGGAAUCUCCCAAUGGGCUCAUGGUUUCAAGAACUCUGUUAUUUUCUUGUUUAACACCAGGGAAGACGAAGGCUUAAAUGGAGCCCAUAGCUUUAUUACUCAGCAUCCAUGGAGUAGAAGUAUACAUAUGGCUAUAGACUUGGAAGCCAUGGGCGAUGGUGGAGCAUCUGCUAUUUUUCAGGCGGGUCCGAACCCAUGGGCGAUUGAGAACUAUGCAUUGGUAGCAAAAUACCCCUCUGGUAAAAUUUUUGCUCAGGAUCUUUUUACAUCAGGUGUCAUAAAAUCUGCUACUGAUUUUCAAGUUUACAAAAAGGUUGCUGGUCUUUCAGGUCUUGACUUUGCUUAUGCAGACAAUACAGCUGUAUAUCACAUAAAGAAUGACAAGUUGAAACUUUUAAAACCGGGUUCCCUUGAACACCUUGGAGAAAACGUGCUUACUUUUCUUCUUCACUCUGUUUCAUCUUCUCAGCUCACUAAAAUGGCAUCCAAUAACAAAAAUCAACAUGAUCCCGCCAUAUAUUUUGACAUUUUGGGAACAUACAUGGUUGUAUUUAAACAAAGUUUAGCCAACAUGUUAUACAACUCAGUGAUAAUGCAAUCCAUGAUGAUAUGGGAUUUCACUGUACCUAAUGCUGUAAAUGAUAAUGUCGAAUUGUAUUGUAAAACUGGAGUGCCUUUUGUGAUGGGAACUACUAGUGGAGAUAGGGAUCUUUUGUAUAAAACUGUGGAGGAAGGAAAGCUUUAUGCAGUCAUAUCUCCUCAAAUGGGAAAACAGGUUGUGGCAUUUCUUACAGCUAUGGACAUAAUGUCCAAGCAAUUUCCUAGAGCAUUCUCUGGACAUACCCUAGAGGUGUUGGAAUCUCAUCAAUCAACAAAGCUGGACACAUCUAGAACAGCAAAAGCCAUUUCAUGUUUCCAGAAACUUGGAGUUUCCUUUGACAUAGAUGAGGUACAAUUGAUACGAGAUCCAAAACAAUAG